ACUAUUUAUUUUAUUUCAAUUUAAAUAUUUAAACCACAAAUAUCUGUGAUUUAAACUAUUUUAAACAAGUGUAUUUAUUAUAUUCUUUUCAAUCUUUAAAAUAUAUAUAUUUUUGUAUUUUUAUACUCAACAUGGAUUUUAAAACAGACGACACUCUGCCUGAUGAUGCAUGGAUGGAUUCAUUUGAUAAAUUAUUAGACCAAAGACCUGCCUUAAGAGAAUUAAAUGUAAUAAAAAAAGAUAUACGUGCUUCCUUUAAUCUGAACUCAAGCUACGAAAAUAGUAGUUAUGACAACACUAUGUCUAAAAAGCAUGAACCACAACAAAUGGAUACCUCCGUUUCAUGUUCAUCACAGGCAUCCUUACCGACAAAUGCACACUAUCUUAAUAUACCCUCAAAUUCAAAAGGAAAUGAACGAUGUAUGCUAUCUGGUGUAAUUUCAACUCCCGUCAGAAAUAAAAGUAUAGCAAAUCCAUUCAAAUGCACUCUGUCUCCUAUAGGACCUUGGGAUUUGCGACAUUUCAGUAACAAAAGCCAAAAUGUGUGCAAAAGCCAAAAUAGUAAUGUGAAAUUUAACGCUACACCAAUCACAAAUAAUCCUAUAGUUAAUGUUGAAUACGUAGAGGAAUUAAAUAGUCCUAAAGAAUCAAAUAAUAUAUAUUCACUUGGGAUCUCCCCGCUUGUAUUAGUUAAAAAGAAAUGGAAAUCCAAACAAAGUCAAAAACAAGUUUGUUUUGCCUCCAAUGAAUUGAAUAAGGAUAAUGAAAUUACAAAUAAUUCUAAGCUGGAGGUAGUAGAGCUAGACCCUUCACCCUUACGCCCUAAGAUAGAUUUACAGCCUGGAAAAUGGCGAAAAUCGUUAAACUGCUUACGUCGAACACAACAUCCUACAUUAGAAAAAGACCGUAUAUCAUUAACGAAACAGCACCAUAAAGGUAGAAGUACAGGUGUUAUUGGAAGACCUAAAUCAUUAGCAACUACCACAAGUAUCGCUGGUAACCGUAAAUCAAUUUAUAUACCAUCAAAUUCAACUCAAACUAGAUCAGGUUCAAGGUCAACAUACAGCUUAGGAAGUAAUGAUUUUAAGCGACAGAUAUUGCAGCGUUGCGGGCAACGUCGCAUUUUAACAUUUGAUAGUGCAUACAACGAAGAUUACUUACGAAAUUGUUACAAAAUUGGAGAAGGAGCUUAUGGGGAGGUUUUUGUUCAUUCAAACCCUAAUAAUCGAGAAGCUAACAACGACAGUGUCGAAAAGACAGUAUUAAAAAUAAUACCCAUAGAGGGAAAGGAAGUAGUUAAUGGUGAAGUGCAAAAAACCUAUGAACAAAUUCUUCCUGAAGUUAUUAUUUCAAUGGAACUAUGUAAUUUAAGCGACGACAACCGCAUAAAGAAUGUAACGUCUGGAUUUGUAAAUCUUAAAAAGGUAAGAUGCAUUAAAGGAUCUUAUCCUGCAUACCUUCAAAAACUUUGGGAGGAAUACGAUUUGGAAAAAGAGUCAGAAAACGAUCACCCAAAUUGUUUUACAAAAGAUCAGCAAUAUAUAGUCUUGGAAUUAGCAUAUAGCGGUAGAGAUCUAGAAGGAUUUCAGUUCAAAAAUGCUGAACAGACAUUUUAUGCUUUACAACAGAUAAUAUUAACAUUAGCUGUGGGCGAGAAUGAAUUUCAAUUUGAGCAUCGUGACUUACAUUGGGGCAAUGUCUUAGUUCUUAAUACCAACCGACCAAGUAUACCGUAUAAGCUUGGGGAUGAUAAUAUUACUAUACCCACCAAGGGCAUUGAAAUAACUAUUAUAGACUACACUUUAUCACGAAUGACAUUUAAUGACUAUUGUUUUUACAACGAUUUAUCCAGUGACGAAGAGCUUUUUACCGCAACCGGUGAUUAUCAGUUUGAAAUAUAUCGAAUGAUGCGAAAAGUUUUAAACAAUAAAUGGGAGACAUUCGAACCAAAAACAAACAUAUAUUGGAUCUCAUAUAUCAUAUCAAAAAUGGUCGAUGGCGUUACCUAUAAAAAUAUACGAUCGAAGAAUCAUUUACAUUAUUUGGAAAAGUUAAAACAGUUUCAAAAAUCAAUAUUAACGUACAAAAGUUGUGUGGAUUGUGUUCGGAAUGUGCUUUUACAGUAAUGUCUUAAUUUAUUUUCUACUUUAUACAUAUGAUAAUAUCUACUUUAUUUUUUUUUUUAUUUUAUUUUUAUCAAAUGUUUAUUAUUUUUUAUUAAACCGCUUUUUUCUAAAGGUUCAUAACCUCAAUUGAAUCUUUUGUAUAUGUACAUGUAUAUGUGCCUGUUUUUAUUUUUGCUAUUUAAUGUUUUUUUAAGUUAUGUCACAUAUCUUGUUAAAAUGUUUUACUCGAAACAAUGUUUUAUAAUUAUGACUCUUUAGUCAAAAUAUAAGCGAAAUUAUUUAAUAUUUUUGAGCUCAUAUAUA